AUGCCCAUCUGGAGCUUCUGGUGCGCAUGCGUCACUCGCAGCCCGGUCUAUUCCUGUUUUUUGCCCGCAGCCCCCGGUGCGCAUGCGUCACUCGCAGCCUCUGUCCCUCGACCUGCGGCCCGGAAACGGAAAAAGCGGACCGUGACGACGAGGAAGCCGACGUUGUCCUUGUGGCGGUUGGGAUAUUGGCCCGCGGAUCGCUUGCAGGAAGCGGAAGCGGUGCCGGAUACUUCCGGCCAGGCCCAGACCGCGCUCAGACCUGCGGGGAGCAUGUGGAGACGCGGGGGGGCUCCGUCCUUGGCGGCCGGCCGCCGCCGGCAGCAGAGGCAAGCGGGGCUCCGAAGAUGGGCGGCCGGCGAGGAGGAGGAGGAGGAGCGCUGGGCCCGUUCGCCUUCGCCCCGCCGCGGCCGUUGGGAGGAGCCGGGCCCGGAGGAGCCUCCUGCGGAGCUGGCAGCCGGGCCACGCCCGUCCCCCCCACACGCCUCCUGGGGCGGGCGACGGUCCAGGACUCGCCUGAGAGACGAGCUGUGGGAUAGGCCCAACUUCCAGAAGCCGCGGGGCAGCCCUGCCAGGGAGGCGGCCUGGGACCUCGGCCAGCCCCGCGGGCAACGGUCGCCUGGCCUGGACGGCGGCGGCAGCCGGUGGAGCGGCGCCGAGAGGACGGGAGGCGAGGACCGCCGGAGCCCCAGCCCAGGGCAGGCUGCUUGGGACAGCCCCAGAGCUCGCCGUCGGCAGCAGAGCCCCGACGAAGAUGCGAGGGCCUGGAGGAGCCCCAGGAGGGAGGCGAGCUGGGAGUCCUCCAGGAGCAUGGAGCGCCGGCCCUGGGAGCAAAGGCAGGGGAGCCCCAGUCGGGCCGGAGGGAGGUGGGGCUCCACCAGGAGGGGAAGAGAAGGAAGCAUGAGCUCUAGCAGAGAGCGUAGCUGGGCGAGCCCCGUGAGGAGCCUCGGACAAGAACACCGCCGGAGCGUCAGCGACUGGAGCCAGCCAGGCAGGGAGCAGGGAGCGGACGGCUCCAGCAGGAUGAGGGGCAGAACUGAGAGACGAGGAAGGGAAUCCCGCAGCCCCGCCAGAAAGCAGAGCAGUUGGGACAGUCCCAAGAGGGGAGCGAGGCAGGAAUGCGCAGGGAGCCCCGGGCGCGAUCUGGGGGGACAGGGGCAGGUCAACUCUGGUGAAGCUGGAAGCAGGUGGAGUUCUUUGUGGUACGGCAAAGGGGACACCCAGAGCCUUAGCAGAGAUCAAGGGAGGUCUGAUAGCCUCAGGAGGGAGCGGCAGAGCCCUAAUGGAGAGGCAAGGGGGUGGGGCAGCCCCGCGGAGUAUAGGAGAGAUGAGAAUGUAGGUGAAAUCGGAGCAGAAAAGGAUAACCACGGGAAAGGAGGCAAAGAGAAGAGGACGUAUGCUGCAGGCAGUGGGAGUUCCAAGAGGAGUCCUUCCCCCGCGUGUCCCGUCUCUGGCAGCUUGGCAGCCCCAAAGAGGUGGACGCCAUGCGAAUCGGUGGUGCACUGGUGGAUGCAUUGCUGGAAAAACCUGCAGGCCACAAGGAUGAAGGAGCUGAAUGCCGUCUGCCCCCGCCCCAUACUGCCUGAUAAGUCGUCCGCGACCCCUCUGGUCAACAUGGGCGUCCUAUCUAUGCUGGACAAGUCGCAGCGGGGGAAAGUGCUGCACCUUUCGCAGUCCACGCGCAGGAUCCAGAACCAGGUCUUGAACAUGCUGGGCCCAGCCAUGACCGUCUGCGAGAUGGCCGAGGAAGCGAUCGAGAAGGCGGAGCCGGUGGACCCCAUGGAGCUGCGCGAGUGGUCUCGCCACCUCAUCCGUUUCAUUGCCAGCAUCAAUCACCAGCUGACCAUGCGGGCCCGUUACGAGGUCCUUGGAGCCAUCGACAUUCGGCUCAGGUCAGCGGCGCCGCAGAUGAAAGGCCAGAGCACGGAGGGGAUGCUUUUUGCCGAAGACAAAGAGAAACUGUUGAAGGAGAUCAUUAUGCGGUUCCCGCAGCUUUCCGGAGUCGUGCAACGAAAGUUCCGUGCUCGAAGGGCUCAGAGAACGCCCCGUGGUUUCACGCAGGCCCAGAGAGGGUUCCCUUUGGGGUCCCACUCCGAGCAAUAGGGCACUGACUCAGAGUUCUGCAAGUGAGGCACAGAAGGCCUGUGAGUGGAGCGGAGCCAUGCGGCACGUGUGGCGCGGCGGCCCCUGCCAGCUACCAUUCCUUGAGAAUUCCUUGGCACCGAGAAGUCCCUGCCGCAUCUCGUUCCGUGAGAGACUCCCAUCCUCCAGGCCUGUGUCUCCAGGGCAGCAGAGGACUCGGGGGGGAAAGCUCCAUGCAAACCGGCUGGCCUCUGUUUCUCUGCAGCCGCCAUCAUAGCCCGCGACGAGGGCCGUCUCGCUCUGCAGAACAUCCUUGAGCCGGCAGAGAUUUUCCUCGGGAGCGUUCCCUUGAGGCUUGCCAUUUGCUGCAGUUCCUGUAGAUAUUUUUAUCUGGGCAUUUUAAUCUUUGAUUUUUCAUAGUUAAUUGGGGUGGGGGGGGAAUCGUCCCUGGGAAGAGCUUCAUCCUUCAACUUCUGUGGGAAAGGUAGCUGAGGAAGUGCAUCUUGGGAAGCAUCAGUUACUCUCCCAAUCUGUCGCCAUGCGCUGGAUCAUCGUUGUGACUGACCCCCAAUUGAGGGUGCCCUGCGGAAUCCUGCUACAGACACCAGCUCCCAAGGGGGACUCUAGCUUUAAAUGGAGCAGGGUAUCCUCAUUCCUAAAUGAGAGUGGGGCUGCUGAGAAAUGGCUACUGUACAAGGAACCAUUGUCCUCUUAAGAGGUCUGUGUCACUCAGCCAUCUUCCUUCACAAGAGUGAGGCCUACCCCAGUGUUCAUUUGUUCCUGUGUUUAGCAGUUGACUAUUGAAUAAAAAUUGUUCUGGUGAAACA